AUGGACAGCCGGUUGCUUCAAGGAUGCAUGCAACCUUUAGCCGUGGCGAUUUUCUCUCACCGCGGAUGGUCAAUGGGUGAAAAAUCCCUCAACGCAUGGCUGUCAAUCCUCCAGUUUCCAGAUUCGACUACUGCAACCAUGCUGUCGCCAGCUACGUCUCCCCGCUUUCAUGUGCAGGCUGUUCGCAUGGACACACACUCCUGUGAUGCUGUUGCGUUUUACAUUGCUGCUCUUGCAUGGCCGAUUUGGUCUCGGCACUUGCCAGAUGUCGUACUGAUGCAAUGA